AUGCAGCUCACGAGCACUGGGUUAUCGGGCAUUAUCGGGCCUCGACACUCUGCAUCCAUGGACAUCGUGCGCUCCAUCUGCGAUACACUGGAAAUCCCGCAGAUAGUAACCAAGUGGGAUCCCAGCCCAGCAGUGCCUCGAAAUUAUCAGAUAAAUCUUCAUCCUGCAGCUCAGUUCAUUUCCCAGGCGCUGGCCGAUGUGGUGAGGGCGCUGGGCUGGAGAUCGUACGCGCUGCUGUACGAGGGCGACGACGCGCUGCGCAGGCUCCGCGACCUGCUCCAGUCGCGGGAGCGCGGCCAACCGCCGCUCGCCCUGCGUCAGCUCUCCCCUGACGGCGACCACAGGCCGCUUCUGAAGGAAGUGAAGAAGUCCUCGGAGACGCGAGUAGUCCUGGACUGUGAGCCGGACCUCAUACUGGACGUUCUGCGCCAGGCAGACGAGGUCAAACUGAUGCAUGUUUACCAGUCAUUUUUCAUCACUUCUCUGGAUGCCCACACUGUAGACUACACGCAGUUCCUGAAGAGUGGAAUAAAUAUCACAACGUUGCGUUUAAUCCAACCCGAGCGGGAGUCCGUCAUUAAGAAGAUGCAAGACUUUACUUAUGGAAAAUAUUACAACAGAGAACUCCUGAAGCCAGAGAGGAUCAGGGUGGAAACAGCGUUGGCGUACGACGCAGUGCACGUUUAUGCAAAUGCGUUGUUCAAGAGAGAGACAGCUGUACCAGUGGCCGACGAGAGCCUCUUCUGCAACGACAGCCUCGUGUGGGACCACGGAAUCAGCGUCCGUGAUUUUAUGUUGAAGAUGGAACAUGAGGGCCUUACGGGUAACAUCAUGUUCGACAGCAUGGGGACUAGAGUCGGAUUCACACUGGAGGCCGUCGAGUUAUCCGCUGCAGGCUUCAAGCGCAUUGGCACAUGGACACCAGAAAACGGCUUCUCCUCCGCCAGGACAGAAAAGGAAACCAUCGAUGAUACUCUACACAAAAUUUAUGGCCGCCAUCUGAUUGUCGCUUCCAGACUGGGUCCUCCUUACUUGCGUGAAAAGCCAAAGAAGGUCCCACCUCGAAUAGGAAACGACCGUUAUGAGGGAUAUUCGAUGGAUCUAAUCACACAAAUCUCAGAGAUACUGAAUUUCACCUUCGAAUUCCAACUGGUGUCAGAUGGCGAGUACGGAACUUACAAUCCACGUACCCAGAGAUGGAAUGGGCUCAUUGGAGAACUCAUUUCCAGGAGAGCGGAUCUGGCAAUAUGUGACCUGACGAUAACUUACGAGCGGGAAUCAGUUGUGGACUUCACAAUGCCUUUCAUGAAUCUAGGAAUCAGCAUACUGUAUACAAAGUCAGAGAGACCGCAAAGAAAUAUGUUUUCAUUUCUGGAGCCGUUCACCAUCGAUGUCUGGAUCUACAUGGCUACAGCGUUCCUCGGAGUGUCUGUGAUGCUGUUUCUACUAGCACGAGCUACACCGUCCGAGUGGAAAUCUUCGCACCCAUGCUCUGCGGAAUCGGAAGAGCUGGAGAAUACACUCACCAUGAGCAACUCUAUCUGGCACAACUGUGGCUCCAUAAUGCAGCAGGGAUCCGAUAUAGCUCCACAAGCUAUUUCGACGCGGAUGGUAGCAGGAAUCUGGUGGUUCUUCACACUCAUCAUGAUCUCUUCGUACACUGCAAAUCUUGCAGCGUUCCUUACAGUUACAAGGAUGGACUUCCCGAUAAACACUGUUCAAGAUCUCGCGAAGCAAUCCAAAAUUAAGUACGGAACGUUUGAGAGGGGAUCAACUGCAGCCUUCUUUCGAACAUCGAACGACUCGCUGUAUCAACGCAUGUGGACCGUGAUGAAGCAGGCCCGUCCAGAUGUGUUUACCAAUGACAACAUGGAGGGGGUGGAUCGCGUCAAGAAGCAGAAGGGCGACUACGCCUUCUUCAUGGAGUCCACCACUAUAGAGUACCAAACAGCACUCGACUGCGACUUGCGCAAAGUUGGCGGUUUGCUUGACUCCAAAGGCUAUGGGAUAGCUCUCCCUCGCAACUCGCCAUUCCGGACGGCUGUGAGCGGCGCAGUGCUGAUGCUACAGGAGCGCGGGAACCUGAGCGCUCUCAAGGCACACUGGUGGAAGGCGGAGGGCCCCGGCUGCGACAACACGGAUGAGGAUGGCGUACAGAAGUCCAGCGACGAGCUGGUCCUACUAAACGUGGGCGGCGUCUUCCUCGUUCUGCUCGCCGGCACACUCGCAGCCUUCCUCAUCGCCAUGCUAGAGUUCCUGUGGAACUGCCGCCGGAUCGCCGUUGACGAGCAGAUGACGCCGUGGGAGGCGCUGGUGAGCGAGCUGCGCUUCGUGGUGCAGUGCAGCAACAACAGCAAGCCUGUGCGGCCCCGUCGCGUCGACUCCACUUCCGGGACGGGCAGCUACGACGACUCGUACCUGCGGCAGUAGUGACGGGGGCUGCUAGCUACAUUGCCACUACUAUGGGAACAGACUGCAAGUGAAGAUGUAGUGUCUCAUGUGCAUCGAAUAUUUUCCUAUGUACCAUGUCGUUAGACAGCAGCUGUUAACAAUCAUAAACAGCAACGUAAUGAUAGAUGCACUUCAUGUAAUUUAUAGCCCACAUGGUAAAGCUACUCGUAGGAGGUAUAUUUGACCUGAGAGGUAUAUACUCCUGCACCAAAAAAUGUUGUUGACUACGUCUUCCUACUAGGAGAUUUGACAUUCUU